ACAUUUUUGAUUGUCAUCUUUUUCUAGUUUGCAUCAGACGCGAGUCUAAUAGUAGAAGAUCAGUAUGACGCCGACAGCUAUGACAGACCCACUCAAUCCGGAUUUGACGCCGAUCCAGCAGUUUUACACAAAAUGCAAUAUUUUUGUGACAGGCGGAACAGGUUUUUUGGGCAAAGUACUUCUCAACAAAAUUCUGAGUUCAUGUCCCGGUAUUGAGAAUAUUUAUUUGUUGGUUCGUAAUAAACGUGGAAAAGAUGUUCAUUCACGAGUUGAAGAGAUUUUUGAGGAUCCUAUUUUCAAAUCAAUGAAGGAAGUAUGUCCCAAAUAUCGGUAUUUGGUGCAAGGAGUCGCUGGCGAUUGUUUGCAACCAGGUCUUGGUCUCAGUGAUCAAGAUAGAGAAACGUUGAUAAACAAGGUCAACAUAGUAUUCCACAUGGCAGCCACGGUCCGAUUUGACGAAAAGCUCAAAAUUUCGAUGCAAAUCAACGUCAAGGCUGCUAAAGAUGUUCUCACACUGUGUCAUGAAAUGCGAAAUCUCAAAAGUGUCAUUCACGUAUCGACCGCUUACACACAAUGUCCCUUCCCCGAGGUAGAAGAGAAGUUUUACGAACCACCAAUUGACUCGAAAAAGAUGCUUGCACUUCAGGAUUGUCUUUCAGAGAAAUUUUUGGACAACAUUACGCCAAUGCUCCUCGAUAAAUGGCCCAACACAUACACUUUCACAAAGGCAAUUGCCGAAGAUGUCAUCCGGAAUAAUUCCAAUGGACUGCCGUUAGGUGUCGUUCGCCCGGGCAUUGUAAUUUCCACAUAUCGUGAACCCGUCAAGGGAUGGAUUGAUAACUUUUAUGGACCAACGGGAGUUAUUGCGGGUGCAGGCACUGGCGUAUUACGGACAUUGCGAUGCAAUCCGGAACGCGUGGCGAAUAUGGUGCCCGUUGAUAUGUGCGUUAAUGGGAUUUUGACGGCGGCAUGGGAAGUUAAUGAAGUUUUUGCGAGAGACAUCAAUCCAGAAAUUCCCAUCUACAAUUACUGCUCGCCAAAGGAAAACGAAUUAACCUGGGGAGAUUUUACCAACAAAACCACAAAAUAUGGCGUCAUGUAUCCAACUGUCAAGGCCAUCUGGUAUUUAUGCUACAACAAUAAUCCCAGCUACAUUAUGCACUUGCUCUCGAUGAUGUUCUUGCACUACUUGCCAGCGGUCUUUAUCGAUGCCAUUUCCAUGAUAAUGGGCAAGAAGCCACGCAUGCUGCGUACAUACAAAAAAAUCCACAAAUUCAUGCAUGUGAUUGAGUACUUUUCGAUGCGCCAAUGGGACUUUCACACAAACAACAUUUUCAAGCUGUGGAGCGGCAUGGAUCCGCGUGACAGAAAGAUUUUCUUCUUCGACAUGCGACAACUGAACUGGGAUAGCUUCUUGGAGAAUUAUUUCCGUGGCAUUCGGCAGUAUUUGCUCCAAGAUCCAAUUGAAACGGUGCCGCAAGCACUUAAAAGAUGGAAUCGUCUCUACUGGGUGCAUCAAGCGGUCAAAGUGUUCGUCUUUCUGUUUCUCGUCAAGAUGAUAUGGCCUGUGGUUAGUCUGAUUUUUACAUGAAAAUAAGGAAUUAAUGUGCGACGAAAUUUAAUUAUAUUUUAAUGAACUUACUUUAAAAUGUUACGCGACAAAAAAAUGGUGAUCUAAGGACUUUUUCUGUUAAAUGCUAGAUAAAUGUAAUUUUC